GUCCACAUAAAAUUCCAAAAAAACAGUCCCCAGAUUCAACCCCGUCAAGAUGACCGAAAAAGCAAAUCGUCGCUUUGAGACCAUCCAGAUUCAUGGAGAUGAGUACAGCAGCGAAGACAACCGCUCCUGCACUAUCCCAAUUGAUACCUCUGUGUCCUUUCGCUUUCAUAAAUCCGCAGACGCAGUUCAGGUAUUCGAUCUCAGCAAGAGGGGAUUCAGUUACAGUCGAUUUGGAAAUCCCACAGUUGAAGCAUUUGAAAAGCGCAUCCUAGCUCUCGAAGGCGGUGAGCACGCUGUCGCGGUGGCCACUGGCGCCGCAGCGGUAUUGAUGACGGUUUUAGCUCUUGCAAAAGCCGGCGACAACAUCAUCUCAACACGCAGCCUUUAUUGUGGGACUUUUCAUCAAUUUGAGGUUCUUCUACCAAAUCUCGGGAUCCAAACGAGGUUUCUCCCUGAUGAUUAUACCGCCAAAGACUUCCGCGCCUUAGUUGAUAGUAACACAAAGCUGGUGUUCAGUGAAAGUAUCGGAAACCCUCGACUGACACUGCCGGACUACGAACUUCUCGUUGGAGAAGCGCAUAGCGCAGGAAUUCCAGUUGCGAUCGAUGCUACGUUCACUGCGGGUGGAUUCUUCUGCCGCCCGUUCGACCAUGGUGUCGAUAUCAUAGUCCAUUCGGCAACAAAAUGGAUCGGCGGCCAUGGGACAACUCUAGGCGGAGUCGUAAUCGAUAGCGGCAAAUUCGACUGGGAACAAAACGCUUCACGGUUCCCUCAGCUCCACGCCACAGAAGAUGGUAAGCCAGGGACCAGUCUUUGGAGCCGAUUCGGAUCUGAAGCAUUUGCGCUGUAUCUCAGGUUCAACCAGCUUCGUGAUUAUGGAAGUACGCUCAGUGCGCAAGCGGCACAGCAACUGCUCAUCGGGAUGGAGACACUUUCACUGCGGUGCGAGCGACAAGCUUUCAACGCCAUGGAAGUUGCAAUAUGGCUCCGCCGGCACCCAAAAAUCGCAUGGGUGUCGCAUCUGGGGUUCAAAUCACAUCCAUCGCAUGAAAUUGCAAAGAGAUACAACAAGAAUGGACUCUCGAGCGUUUUUACGUUCGGUAUCAGGGGCGGCGCUCCUGCUGCGCUAAGACUAAUUGACGGUCUUAGGCUCAUUAUCAACGCGGCAAAUAUUGGUGACUCGAAAUCAAUUAUCGGGCAUCCUUGGUCCACAACUCAUCGCCAGCUCGAACCCGAAGACAGAAUUGCGGGUGGGGUAACAGAGGAUUUGAUUCGCCUGUCAGCAGGCACUGAAAACUUUCUGGAUAUCAUUGACGAUCUGGAGCAGUCCCUUGAUGCUCUGGAUAAGCCAAUACAGAAGUCUUCGACAAAUGGCGUGAACGGCGUGAAUGGUUUGAACGGAAUGAAUGGUACGAACGGUGUGAAUGGUGUGAAUGGCGUAGCUGCUCCAUACGAGUGA